CGGCUGGAAACAGUCGGGAGUCGGGCUUCGUCUGGACGAGCGGCGGAGCGUCCUGGUCCGGGUCGGGGAUGGCAUCCCCCUCGCGGAGGCUGCAGACCAAGCCGGUCAUCACCUGCCUGAAGAGCGUCCUCCUCAUCUACACCUUCAUCUUCUGGUUCUCUGGCGUCAUUCUCCUGGGCGUUGGGAUUUGGGGGAAGGUGAGCCUGGAGGUCUACUUCUUCCUGCUGAAUGAGAAGGCCAGCAACGUUCCUUACGUCCUGAUUGGGGCAGGGCUGGUGGUCGCCCUGCUAGGCACCUUUGGCUGUUUUGCAACCUGUCGCGGAAGCACAUGGAUGCUGAAACUGUACGCUAUGUUCUUAACCCUCAUCUUCCUUGUGGUGCUGGUGGCUGCCAUUCUGGGUUUCGUCUUCAGACAUGAGAUAAAGGAUAGUUUUAAGAAAAACUAUGAAAAUGCUGUGAAGCGUUACAAUGGGACCAAAGACGACCCUAGCAAAGCAAUUGAUGACAUCCAGAAAACAUUGCACUGCUGUGGUGUAGAGAAUUUCGUGGACUGGAACGUGACCGACUACUUCAAACAAAAAGGCAUCCCCAUCAGCUGCUGCAAGGCUUUGGAGAACUGCACGGACGAUGACUUGAGGAACGUCACCAAAGCAGAAGGCAAAGUUUACAAACACGGUUGUUUUAGCCUGGUGAUACAAACCAUGGACUCUGAGAUGGGCAUUGUGGCUGGGAUCGCUUUUGGCAUGGCUUGUUUCCAGUUGAUUGGCAUUUUCUUGGCCUGCUGCCUUUCCCGGUCGAUCACAAGUAACCAGUACGAGAUGGUGUAACACUGCACGACAGGAGUUCGCCCGACACUCCAAGGGUUUAUUUAAAC